AUGUCCAGCGGAACUCCAAAACUGUCAAUUAAAUCAAAAGCAAAAUCAACUUCAAUCACGAAAAAAUCUGUUAAAAAGGAUUCAAUUAUAUUUAUUUUCAAAAACAAAGUAAAAGUCUCUAAAAUAAAUGUAAAGCACGUGGAGCUGAUCGAAGGAAUGGACGCGGACUAUAUAAAGCAAAGAUUUUCUAUAAAAGGAUCUAAAGCCAAAAUUUUGGAAAACAUGGUUACUGACUACAAAGACGGAAAAUUAUCGUUACCUGGCUUGUCUCAUACGUCCAAAUUUGAUGAGAAAAUUCUGGAUAAAUCUCGUAUAAUCCAAAUAAUAACAGAUUAUGAAAGCGCAAAGAAGAAAAGAGAAAUUGAAGACAUUCAUAAAAGCGUUGACCUGCUAAAAAAGAAAUUUGAUAUAAGUUUAUCCGAAACAAAAAUUUUAGAAAAUUUUCUUGAUAAUUUAAAUAAGGGGUCACUGGAAAGUUUGCAAUUGUUUAAAGAGAAACUAGAUUCAAAAAGCCUAGAUAAAAAUAAAUUUAAUGCUUUAUUAGCGCGGUAUGAGGCUGCAGAUAAGUACAGUCGAGGUAUAUCAUUUCUAUUAACAAGAAGUAAGCUUUCCAUUAUUGCAUCGAAGCGCAAAUUAACUAACAUGUUGAACAGUAUUAAAGAAAUAAGUUUGUCAAAAGUCUUCCAGCAUAAUAACAGUAUCGACAAAAAAAAUUGA